AUGGCCCUGCGCUGUAACGUGAUUGUCAUCAGUGAAUCUUACAGCAGCUUAACUGAGGAGAGCACAGCGCUGAGACGCCCGAGCGCCUUCGGGCGCUGCUCAGCGCUCCUGACGCGGCUCCGGCCGGUGCCGCCCUGCUCCGCCCGGGCCGAGCCCCGCUGCGCCGCUGCCCGGCGCCGCCCGAGGACGGGGCUGCGGCUCCCGCAGGGCCGCGCCCGCGCCGCGCCCCAGGAGCGGCGGCGGAGGGUGGCCCCGCUGGCCGCGGCCCCGCCGGCCCCGGCGGGGGACGAGCCGCUCCUCAGGGGCAUCUUCGAGAUCGGCAAGAGGAGCUGCGACGUGGUUCUGAGCGCCCGGCGGCUCCGCUGGAGCCCCAUCCUGCCCGAGAGCCCCACAGGUGAUUCCAGUGUGGCUUUACAGGCUCAAGAGGAGAUUAUUGAAAUGAAGGAUGUAUUUUCAGUAAAACUGAAACGUCGUCGUUUUGCAGGGCAGAAAAAAGGUGGUACAUUGUUGGGUAUCACAAUUUUUAAAUGCUUGAAUAAAGAAGAGAACAAGCUUACAGACUAUGCUAUCCAUUUAAAUAACUUAAGUGAAGAUCAUUGUCAGUCAUGGUUUAGACAUCUGAAGGAAAUUUUAAAUGGUUUUCAAAACAGACCUAAAUCCUUGAAAGUUUUUGUUAAUCCAAGCAGCCACAAAAGAGAAGCCACUAGCAUUUAUUAUGAAAAAGUUGCACCUCUUUUUAAACUUGCUGACAUAAAAACUGAUGUCACAGUAACUGAAUAUGAAGGACAUGCUCUCUCAGUACUUAAAGAAUGUGAACUGCAGGCAUUUGAUGGGGUGGUUUGUGUUGGUGGAGAUGGAUCUGUCAGUGAAGUUGCUCAUGGGCUGCUGCUCAGAGCCCAGAUAGAUGCUGGGAAAGACACAGAAUAUGUAUCAAAGCCUGUCAGAGCACCGGUUCCUCUUGGAGUAAUACCAGCAGGUACUACAAAUAUUUUGGCCCAUACACUCUAUGGUAUUAAACAUGCAGUGACAGCAACAUUGCACAUUGUAAUGGGACACGUUCAGGCAGUAGAUGUGUGUACUUUCAGCACUACAAGCAAGCUGCUGCGCUUUGGGUUCUCGGCCAUGUUUGGGUUUGGGGCGAGGACGCUGGCUUUGGCAGAGAAGCACCGCUGGAUGCCCUCCAGCCAGAGGAAGGAUUUUGCUUUCAUCAAAACCCUGGCAGAUCUCAAGCCAGAGGAAUGUGAAUUAUCAUUUCUCCCUCUACAAAUUCCACAGGAAGACACUCAUGAGAAGGACAUAAAGAAGAAAGAUAGAAUGAAAAAAGGUAGCAAGGAUCAAUGGCAGAAAAUUCAGGGUCACUUCCUGAAUGUGAGCAUUAUGGCAAUCCCUUGUCUGUGUUCAAUGGCACCAAGAGGCUUGGCACCUAAUACGAGGUUGAACAAUGGAAGCAUGGCUCUUAUUGUUGUACAAAAUACUUCUCGAACAGAGUUUAUAAAGCAUCUGAAGAGAUACACCAGUGCAAAAAAUCAGUUCAAUUUUCCCUUUGUUGAGACCUACACAGUUCGAGAAGUAAAAGUACAACCAAGGCUUAAAAGUGGACCUGAUGCCAAGGAAAAUGUGUGUCUGAAUGCAGAAGGAAACUACCCUUGGAAUAUAGAUGGAGACUUAAUGAAGGAAGCAUCGGAAGUUCAUGUCCGGGUGCAUCCUCAACUUAUUGAUCUCUAUGGAGUGAACACUGAUGAUCUGGAGAGUUCCCAAGUGACGUGCAACUGCAUAUAGAAGGGACACACUGGGAAUUCUGUAAUAAAGAAUCCUGUUCUUACCCCUAUGCACAGCUUUCCAAGGUCUGGACUUGUCCUGAUGUCAGUUGUAGCAGAAGCUUAAUGGGUAAGGGUUAGGGUUUGCUCUAAUUCUAGGUUUAAAUUGUUAUUAAAUUAUAUAUUUUUAUCAGGCUCUAUUUAACUGUACUGAAGGUGUGAGGCUUUAAAAAGUGAAAAUUGUUUGUAUUGGUCUCUUACCAAUUUGGGGCUUGAGAAGUGUCCAUCAGAAUAGAAUUUUUUUUUUUUCUUUAGUCUAGAUUUUUUUAGACUGAGAUACUUCUAAGUCUGCUGCUGCUAUCCAUGUUGUCAGGUAACUCAGUUCAGCAUAGGGAAGAACCAUACCUCUACUCACCAGCUCUA